GACAUGGGUACUCAAAUUACGCGACAAAAAGACUGAUUUUGAAACAUAUUUAUGGAUCGAACCCUUUUUGCUUCUAUCCAACUGAAAAUUUUGUCGAUUCGUUACAAAGCACAUUCCAUCAAAAGUGGAAACGAAAACACGGCACGUUUGAAUGACAUUGUGCCAAAGGAUUUGAGACGCAUCGUACUACCAUGACUCUUAAAAAGUACAUUCUCACAUUGAUCAAGGUAUUUGGAUUGUGUUUUUCAUCUACAGCUGCGGAAGACGAGUCGUCACAUGUACUAGGAACUUGUGCGGCAACGACAAAGCCAAGCGGCUGCAGCACAGAACCAUCCUCUCCCACAUACACCAACCUGCCAAGCGGUGCACAAAAAUUCCAGGUCCGCAAUGUUUACGAUGGAGACACAUYCACGCUAAUUGACGAACGACGCGUGCGGUUGCUCGGUGUCGAUACGCCGGAAAUGAAGCCACCACAACCGUUUGCGAAGGAAGCCAAAGAGUACACGAAAUUACGAUGCAACAAAAAGGAGGUAUGGCUACUGAUUGAUGGGAAAGAUCACUACGAUAGGAUGCUGGCUCAUGUGUUCGUCGAAGACACCAGCGGAAAUUUUCUUUGCAUCAACGAAGGCCUUGUACACGAGGGGUUUGCAAACGCAUACAUACCUAAAAAAGACAAAAAGACUUUCAAUUGGAAGAAAUUGCUAGAUCUACAGCGUGGUGCGAGAGAAAACAAGCGUGGAAUAUGGAAAUCCUUUGUUGACGCUACUGUCUAUAAAACAACGAACGGAUCGGCUUACCACAAGCGAACCUGUUCCCAUCUUUCAAACAUCCGAAAACUCAUUGAGAUCAAAAUAAGCGAGGCUACCGAUCAAGGCUUGCAUCCUUGUCGAAGCUGCAUGGUGGGCUAGCGAUUUACAAUUGUGCAAUUCAUACAAUAGUUUGAGGCAAUAUAAAAGCUAUAAUGAC